GCGAGAUUUCACGAGAGGAUAAGUUGAGGGAACAUGGCGACGUCUAAUUUGCUGAAGAACAAAGGCUCCCUUCAGUUUGAGGACAAAUGGGACCUGAUGCGUCCCAUCGUACUGAAGCUCCUACGACAGGAGUCCGUCACCAAACAGCAGUGGUUUGACCUGUUCUCAGACGUCCACGCCGUAUGUCUGUGGGACGACAAAGGUCCAGCCAAGAUCCACCAGGCCCUCAAAGAGGACAUCCUCGAUUUCAUCAAACAAGCACAAGCACGGGUGUUGAGUCACCAGGACGACACGGCACUGCUCAAGGCCUACAUAGUGGAGUGGAGGAAGUUCUUCACACAGUGCGACAUCUUGCCCAAGCCAUUCUGCCAGCUGGAGAUCACUCUGAUGGGCAAGCAAGGGAGCAACAAGAAGUCCAACGUGGAGGACAGCAUCGUCCGCAAGCUGAUGCUGGACACGUGGAACGAGUCCAUCUUCUCCAACAUUAAAAACAGGCUACAGGACAGCGCCAUGAAGCUCGUCCACGCCGAGAGGCUGGGAGAGGCCUUCGACUCGCAGCUGGUCAUCGGCGUGCGAGAGUCCUACGUGAACCUGUGCUCCAACCCAGACGACAAGCUGCAGAUCUACAGGGACAACUUUGAGAAAGCGUACAUGGACUCCACCGAGAGGUUCUACAGAACACAGGCGCCCGCUUACCUCCAGCAAAACGGCGUCCAGAACUACAUGAAAUAUGCUGAUUCAAAGCUGAGGGAAGAGGAGAAACGUGCGCUGCGAUACCUGGAGACGCGACGCGACUGUAACUCUGUACAGGCACUGAUGGAGUGCUGCGUCAACGCGUUGGUCACAUCGUUCAAGGAGACCAUCUUAGCCGAGUGUCCGGGCAUGAUCAAACGAAACGAAACAGAGAGUGAGUACGGCCGGAUCGCCACCGCCAAAGGCUCGGCCAGCUCAGAGCUGCACCUCAUGUUCUCUCUGAUGGACAAAGUUCCCAGCGGGAUCGAUAACAUGCUGAAGGACCUGGAGGAUCACAUCAUGAGCGCCGGCCUGGCCGACAUGGUGGCCUCCGCAGAGACAAUCACCUCCGACUCUGAGAAAUACGUGGAGCAGCUGCUCACCUUGUUCAACCGCUUCAGUCGACUGGUGAAAGAGGCUUUUCAGGACGACCCACGUUUCCUGACAGCCAGAGACAAAGCGUACAAAGCUGUCGUGAACGACGCCACCAUAUUUAAAUUAGAACUUCCUCUGAAACAGAAGGGGGUCGGUCUGAAAACUCAACCCGAGUCUAAAUGUCCAGAGCUGCUGGCCAACUACUGCGACAUGCUGCUGAGGAAAACGCCGCUGAGCAAGAAGCUCACCUCCGAGGAGAUCGAGGCCAAACUCAAAGAAGUGCUGUUAGUGCUGAAGUACGUCCAGAACAAAGACGUCUUCAUGCGUUACCACAAAGCCCACCUGACGCGGCGGCUCAUCCUGGACAUCUCUGCCGACAGCGAGAUCGAGGAGAACAUGGUGGAGUGGCUCCGGGAAGUGGGAAUGCCGGCCGAUUAUGUCAACAAGCUGGCCCGCAUGUUUCAAGACAUCAAGGUGUCGGAGGACCUCAACCAGUCAUUCAAAGAAAUGCAUAAACACAACAAGCUGGCUUUACCAGAUUCCAACCUAUCAAAAUCGGACUCAGUCAACAUUAAGAUCCUGAACGCGGGCGCAUGGUCGCGGAGCAGCGAGAAGGUGUUCGUGUCUCUGCCCACCGAGCUGGAGGAUCUGAUCCCGGAGGUGGAAGACUUUUACAAGAAGAACCACAGCGGCAGGAAGCUUCACUGGCAUCACCUCAUGUCCAACGGCAUCAUCACCUUUAAGAACGAGGUGGGACAGUACGACCUGGAGGUGACCACCUUCCAGCUGGCGGUGCUGUUCGCCUGGAACCAGAGGCCCCGGGAGCGGAUCAGCUUCGAGAACCUCAAGUUGGCAACUGAGCUGCCGGAUGCUGAGCUGCGACGCACUCUCUGGUCUCUGGUGGCGUUUCCCAAACUGAAGCGGCAGGUGCUGUCGUACGACCCGGUGGUGUCGUCGCCCAAGGACUUUGCGGAAGGAACGUUAUUCUAUGUCAACCAGGAGUUUUCUCUCAUAAAGAACUCCAAGGUUCAGAAGAGGGGGAAGAUCAACCUGAUUGGCCGGCUGCAGCUCACCACGGAGCGAAUGAGAGAGGAGGAGAACGAGGGCAUCGUCCAGCUCAGGAUACUAAGAACACAGGAGGCCAUCAUCCAGAUCAUGAAGAUGAGGAAGCGCAUCAACAACGCGCAGCUGCAGACAGAGCUGGUGGAGAUCCUGAAGAACAUGUUUCUACCGCAGAAGAAGAUGAUCAAGGAGCAGAUCGAGUGGCUCAUCGACCACAAGUACAUCAAGCGGGAUGAGACCGAUAUAAACACCUUCAUCUACAUGGCGUAGCAGCACACACACCGACACACACCGACACACACACACGUCGUGGUGUUGACUCGUGUUGACU